AUGGUUACACUUCUGUUCGCCAGUAAAGGCAGUGGAAGAUACUGUCUGGAAGGUGACGGCACCUCCUACCGCGGAACAGUCUCAGAGACGGGAUCAGGGUUAACAUGUCAGGCUUGGGGCAGCCAGGCCCCACGUUCUCAUAGGUUUCGCCCUGAGGACUAUCCAGACGCCGGACUGGAGGAGAACUACUGUAGGAACCCGGAUGGAGAUCCCAUGGGCCUUUGGUGCGUGACGACGGACCCUAGCAGGGACUGGGAGUACUGCACCGUCCCGUCAUGCACCCCCAACAUCCUCCACUGCCUGUACGCAUCACAACACCAGUUCCACUGCACCAACGGCGACUGUGUCCCGCAGGACUACGUGUGCGACGGCUGGUAUGACUGUGGUGACUGGAGUGACGAGCUCAGCGGCUGCCCAUGUCUAGAAGGAGACGGUACCUCAUAUCGUGGCUCCAUCGCCGAGACCAGUUCCGGACUAACCUGCCAAGCCUGGGACAGCCAGGAGCCACAUCUCCACGACUACGGGCCGGAAAACUAUCCAGAUUCCGGACUGGAAAACAACAGUUUCUGCAGGAAUCCGGACGAAGAUCCGAACGGCCCUUGGUGUAUCACAGUGGACCCGGAUAAAGAAUGGGAGUACUGCACUAUUCCUUUGUGUGGCGGUAAUCAAGCCCUUUACUGUGGCAACAUCAACAACCCCCAGUCGGUCUUACCUUUUUACUACAGCAAGUAA